ACAACUCUCAACCCAGCUACUUCCAUCCGUCUCCAUCGCCUCGAUCCGCCCCCUCCAAUUGCUCUUCGAACAACCUCAUCGCGCAACACCCACUUCCACCCAGAUUUACCGCCGCAUAUCCCGAUUCCCAAAAACCACACUAUAUCCUCACAAUGGAGCGUUUCAGGAACAUGCUCCAGUCCCAGGGCCUCGGCGGCCUGGGCAGCCAACCCGGAACGGACAACACACAGCUCAUCGAUAACUCCGAGACGGUGUACAUAUCCUCUCUUGCCCUCCUCAAGAUGCUGCGACACGGCCGUGCCGGUGUCCCUAUGGAAGUCAUGGGCCUGAUGCUGGGAGAGUUUGUCGACGACUUUACGGUGCGCGUGACGGAUGUUUUUGCUAUGCCUCAGAGCGGUACCGGUGUUAGUGUAGAGGCCGUCGACCCUGUGUUCCAGAUGAAGAUGAUGGACAUGUUGAGACAGACAGGAAGACCCGAAGCCGUCGUUGGCUGGUAUCACUCCCAUCCUGGUUUCGGCUGCUGGCUGUCCUCCGUCGAUAUCAACACCCAACAGUCCUUCGAGCAGCUGACCCCUCGCGCCGUUGCUGUCGUCGUCGACCCCAUCCAGUCCGUCAAGGGCAAGGUUGUCAUUGACGCCUUCCGCCUCAUCAACCCUCAGUCGCUUAUGCUCGGUCAAGAGCCUAGGCAAAGCACGAGUAACCUGGGUCACCUGAACAAGCCCUCGAUCCAGGCCUUGAUCCACGGCCUGAACAGACACUACUACUCCAUCGGCAUCAACUACCGCAAGACGGCGCUCGAGGAGAACAUGUUGAUGAACCUGCACAAGCACGUCUGGACCGAGGCCCUCGAGAUGAAUGACUUCCGGCACGAGGCCAACUGCAACAAGGAGCGCCUGGAGAGCCUUGUCAGCCUGGCCGAGGGCUACGAGAAGCGUGUCAAGGAGGAGACGGAAUUGACCAAGGACCAGCUUAAGACCCGCUACGUCGGCAAGCUCGACCCCAAGAAGCACUUGGAGGACGUCGGUCAGCAGCUGAUUGAGGACAACAUCGUCUCCGUCUCGAGACAGAUGAUCGACAAGGAGGCGACGAUGCCCAAGAAGGACGCACCAGCGGGUGCCAAGGACAAGUCAAGCGGCGAUGCGAUGGAGGUAGAGGAAGAAUUGUAACCGGGAAAAGGCCAUGAUUCAGGGACGGUCUACAGGCGGGAUACCAGGACUUUGCCAGCACUGUACGAUUAGGCGUUUGGGUGGUUGGGAACGCAACAUCUAGAGAUCCCCGCCAGGCAUAAGACGACUAUGAACUCAACAC